ACCUCCCUGCUGGGCUGCCUGUAGCUGCAUGGCUGUAAAUCUCACUGCUGACAGGAUGACCUGCUGUAAAGUCAGACAUUGGGCUGACUUCAAGUCCCGGGUGAAAAUCAAAAGCUCUGCACAGUGGAGAUUUUCGAGGGCGACAGGGGGAGGGGCACUCCCUGAGACUGUAGAAUUUACGGACUUUGAGGAGCAAGCCUUGGUCUGUGUGUCAUAUGAGGAGGUGGUAGGUGUGUUCAAAAUGGACAGCAACACACCUGCCCUUGCAUGUCCACAUGCCAUGGAAGCACAGGAGGUGCAGCUCACUGAGGCUGAGGAGCUGGGGAGCAACGACAGCUCCAAUGUAGGGCCAGAAAGCCCUCCACCCCAGCCACACACUGACACACUCCCCCAACCCAGUCUCCAGGAGCUUCUGAGCCACAUGGUCAGGCAAGGAAGAAACACCACCGACUUCCAUGACCAGAUGCUCCUGGAAGUCCGUGAGCUGACCUCCAUGAUCCAUGAGCUGUCCUCCACUAUGCGACAAGGCAUGUGUGACAUCUCGUCUAUAGCAGAAGGCAUGCGUGACAUGUAUUGGCCAAGGCAUGCAGACCAUGGCAGCCCUCCUUGGCCAGAGUUUCAGGGAGGCUUCAACACCUGCCCCAUUCCCUAGCCCUGCCGAGGAUCAAGAUUGCACUGGACAGGCCCUUCGCAGGUCCAUGCGCAGACCCCAAACAGAACAACAACCCCUUCAGCCGGGCAGAAAAAGGGCAAAUCGGUGAUUUCUCUCCCGAUGCUUUCCUUGUUUCCUGCGCCCAUGUUGUGUUUGCCAAAAUGAAUUUGAACAAUGGCUUGUGGGACAAGAAUGCCCAAAUCACUCCUGCCAAAUGGGGUUUGGCGUCUUCUCUUUUCUUUAUCUGGCUGUGAUGCAUUAGCCUGUGAACUUGACCCACCUUCCUGUUCAGAUUGUGUGGCUGAUUGUUGCGUUUGGGUAUUGGGCCCAGAAUCUCCCUCCAUUUGCCCCACAUCUUCCUCAGCCAGGGUAC